UCGAGUAGGAGUUCUCUAGUUAGACAUCUCUACCCCAAGAUAACACAGGAAUCCUGAAACUACUAAAUAGCUUCUAACUUCUAAUAUGAUAUGUCAACCGUUUCUGAAAAGGAGAGCAUUGCUGGUGAUUGCGUCACACAGUGCGUAACUUUACGUAAAGACGUCACGGACCCGGAAGGGCAGUAUCUUUACGAUAAGAAAAACAGCGUUACGCCUAUGCUUUCAGAUUAAACAGCCCGAAAGCGCUUUUCUCUUUUGUUUGACUGUGGUGGAAACUCAACCCUCAAGGCACAAGCUCACUUCUGCAGACAUGUCUUAUGGCAAAGCAGAGACCUACCGCUCCGUCCCACGGGACUUUAACACCCUAAUACAAACAUGCAGCUCCAACAUUCAAAAGAUCACACAAAACACUGCUCAAAUCAAAAGCAUGGUGAACCAACUGGGAACCAGACAGGACAACAGUGAACUCCAGGAUUGUUUGCAGCAAAUUCAACACUACACAAAUCAACUGGCAAAGGAAACAAACAAACACCUAAAAGAGCUCGGAUCAAUCCCUUUGGCUACAUCACCCUCAGAGCAAAGGCAGCAAAAAAUCCAGAGGGAGCGGUUGAUGAAUGAUUUCUCAGCUGCUCUCAACAACUUCCAAGCAGUGCAGCGACGUGCUGCAGAGAAAGAGAAGGAGUCUGUUGCCAGAGCGAGAGCUGGAUCCCGCAUGUCAAAUGAAGACAGCUCUCGUGAUGAGAAGCUUGUUUCUUUUGAUAACCAGGAGGACUGGGGUCAAAUGACCAUGCAGGCAGAGGAAGUGGCUAUCACAGAGGAGGACCUGGAGCUGAUCAAGGAGAGAGAGACAAACAUUAGACAGCUGGAGUCUGACAUUAUGGAUGUGAACCAGAUCUUCAAAGACUUGGCAGUGAUGAUCCAUGAUCAGGGAGAGAUGAUUGAUAGCAUUGAGGCCAAUGUGGAGAACGCUGAGGUCCAUGUCGAACGAGGAACCGAGCAGCUCCAACGAGCCAGUUACUACCAGGCAGCAAAAGUCCCGGAAGAAAAUGUGCAUCCUUGCUAUGGUUUGUUCCAUCGUGCUCGUCAUACUUGGCAUUAUCAUCUGGCAAGCUGCUGCUAAGUGAAACCCAUCACUGUUAGGAUAUAUCUCACCCCCUUCACCUGCAAGGACUUGCUUAAAGAAGCGGAUCCCUUCAGUCCUCAGUGGGUGGCUCUGUACAGAGGCUACUCACUGAGUGUAGUCACCUGAUCUGAUCCAGCCUGUGUUUGUCAAGUAGCUGAAAAAAAGGGGCGGUGUAGAUGUCAGAAUCCCUAAUUUUGCUCUCAACUAUUUCUUUAUUAAUUGCUACACUAACUCCUAGCUACUGUAUCCAACUGUAUUUCAAAUGUUAUUGUGAUAAUUGCAGAAGAGGCAAAAAUAAGAAAGCUUUGGGUUAGGGUUUGUAAAUAUGGUUUGUCUUUGCCUGUUGUGGUAUUAUCCUGUGGUGUGAAGGCAGUGGAAUGCUGCAGGGCCUCUAUGUGGCUCCUGACCUUCACAUGACAUGGACUCGUGAUGUCUGCUGGUAACGGCAGUUGUAGUUUUUCUGUACUAUAUGAAGCUAUUGUCUGUAUAUAGCACUCAGUCAAACAUCAUGAAUGAUAACGUGCGUCCAAAAUGUCUUGAGAACAUUUUAAAAUGGAUUUGUAUGACUCCCGACAUAAAAAAACACCUUGAGCUGUUAUUGAGGUGAGGUAAACAUAAUAAAUGUCUAAACCCUUUUAACACCCA